AUGGAUGAUCAAGAUAUAUUUUCAAAAAGAGGAUCAUAUAGACAAGAAAUAAUUAAAAAUGAAAAUGAUAAAAAGUAUUUUAAUAAAGUAACUAAUAAUAUUAAUGAAAAUGAAAAUGAAAAUGAAGAAAAAAUUAAAAGAUUUAAACAAGAUAAUAAAAUUAAAACCAAUGAAAUGAGAAAAAUACAUAUGAAUGAUUUAAAUGAAUAUUAUCAAAAGUAUAAAGAAGAGAUCGAUUUAAAAUUAAAGAUAAAUAAAAAGAAAUUAUCAGUUGCAAUGGUUUUUGGAUAUGACGGUACUGGUUAUUAUGGUUUAGGUUAUCAAGUUGAUAUUAAAUAUCCAUCAAUUGAAAAUUUAAUUGAAAAAGUUUUAUUUAGAUGUGGUCAUAUUUUACCAAGUAAUGUUGGUGAAUUAAAAAGAUUGAAAUGGAGUCACUCAAGUAGAACUGAUAAAGGUGUUCAUUCAUUAGCAACUGUAAUAUCCUGUUUCUUAGUUGUUGAUGAUAAUACUUUUAAAAAUGAUAUCAAUCAAACAUUCAUUGAUACUAUAAAUAAUUAUUUACCAUCAUCCAUUAGAUUAUUCAGCGCAUGUAAAGUUUCACGUAGUUUUCAAGCUAGAAAAAAAGGAAUUGAAAGAUCUUAUAAUUAUAUGGUACCAUCAGAAUAUUUAAAUAAUAUUAAAAUUGAUGAAAUGAAUAAAAUUUUACAAAAUUUUAUUGGUAUAAAUAGUUAUCAUAAUUUUACAAGUAAAAGAAAUACUUAUUUAAGUAAUAAUAAUAAUAAAAAUCAUGAAAAAGAUGAAAAAGAUGAAGAAGAUGGAGAUGAAGAAGAAGAAGAGGAUGAUGAAGUUGAAGUUGAAAAUAGUAAUAAUAAUAAUAGUAAUUAUAGAUUAAAUGAAAAAUUAUUAUUUAGAAAUAAUUCAACAAAUAUUAGAAAUAUUAAAUCAUUUUAUGUUGAAAAUGAAAUAAUUGAAAUUAAAGGUAAAGGUUGGUAUAAAUUUGUAAUUAUUGGUGAAUCAUUUAUUUUAUAUCAAAUUAGAAGAAUGGUGGGAUUCUUUUUAUCGAUUGUUAAAGGUUAUUCAACAGUUGAGGCAUUAGAGUUAUCAUUGAAAUCACCAUUUUCAAUUUGUGUACCAACAGCACCACCAUUUCCAUUAUAUUUAUUUAAUGUUAAAUUUGACCCAAAUUCAAAUGUUGAAAAAUUAUUUUCAAAUCCAGAACCAAUCCAAUUUAAACAAUUCAAUUUUUUACAAUCACAAUUAAUACCACGUUUUAAUGAGAUUGAAUUUCAAACUAAUCAAUUUAAAGAAUUUUUCAAUUAUUUAGAAAAUAGUCAUAAUUUUAAUCUAGAUGAUAUUGAUCAAUUAAGAAUUUUAAAUCAACAAUAUCAAACUGAAAAAGAAGAAAGAAAAAAACAAAAUGAGUUAUUAUUAUUAAAAGAAAAACAAGAAACAAUUGUUGAAAUUGGAAACGAGAGAAUAGAAAAAUUAAAAAAAAAAGAAAUAAAAAUUAACUAA